UUCAUAUUUUCAAUGGCGUCAACGGGGAAAAUACGGAGUGUUAUGCGUCGGCACAAAUGGGCAUUUUCAUUUGCUCAGAGAGCAAAGUCCGACAGACCAGUAGAUUUGGCUUCACCUCCAGGGUACAGUUCUUCUCUUGGUCAAGUUCAUGUAGAAGCUAGCAAAGAAACUGAUGCUAGUCUCAUUGUAAAGAAAUCCUGGGAUAUUGCUCUGGCACCCUUGAAACAAGUGCCUAUGAACCUCUUCAUAAUGUACAUGGCUGGAAAUUCAAUCUCCAUAUUUCCCAUCAUGAUGGUGGGGAUGUUAUUUCUUCGGCCCGUGAAGGCUUUACUUACAGUCCAAUCUACCUUUAAACUCAUAGAAGGGAGCCAGGCUCUCUUUCAGAAAGUUGUGUAUUUAUUUGGAAAUCUAGUGUGUUUGGCAGUAGCCUUGUACAAAUGUUCAUCAAUGGGUUUGUUACCUACACAUGCAUCUGACUGGCUGGACUUUGUGGAGCCACAGCAGAGAAUGGAAUUUUCUGGUGGUGGAUUCAUCAGAAUAUGAUUUUUAUCUUUAUAGAAUAAAGACUGAAUGUAAUAUUAAAUUCUUUUUAUGUUCUGUUAUUCAUAGUUGUACAAAUAAAAGAUAUUAUAUUAUAAUAAUUUUAAUAAAGUUGGUAUAAGUA